CAACUGUUAUAUGACAGAUGAAGGUUGUUCUGCUGUGACUUCAGCUCUGAAAUCAAACCCAUCACACCUGAGAGAACUGAACCUGAGCAGGAAUAAACUAGGAGACUCCGGAGUGAAAAACCUCAGUGAUCUACUGAUGAACACACAAUGCAAGCUGGAGAAACUACAUCUGUGUAGAUGCAGUAUUACAGAGAAACAGUGUCUCAUCCUGACUUCAGCUCUGAAAUCAAACCCAUCACACCUGAGAGAACUGAACCUCAGUGGGAAUAAAAUAAAAAACACAGGAGUGAAUCACUUAUGUGACGUACUGAAGGAUUCACACUGUAAACUGGAGAGAUUGAGUCUUUAUGACUGUGGAAUUACAGAUGUUUCUUCUUUAACUCAGUCUUUGACAAACACAAAAGCACUGCAGUUUCUAAAAGAGCUUGAUCUGAGUUUUAAUGUGAUUGGAGACUCAAAGCAGCAGCUCAUUGAUGUGCUACAAGACUCAAACUGUGAACUGAUUGUAAAUAGACAUCCAUCACUAAACGUCCCUGAUAAAGUUGCAAGAAAUACCUGGAGUUCAAACACCAAAAGAUGAUAAAUGCUGUAUAAUUUGAAGUGGUCUUGAGAGGAGCAGUAAACAUCAGGUGAGGAUCCACAGAAGAGCUUCACUACUGUGUCUAUGAGGAGAAAGAAAUGUGUGAUAAAUGUGUGAAUGUGAUCCAUACAGGUAAAAAGACUCAGACUUUACAAUGAAAUAAUGCAGCGUGUGUGUUAGAAACAUGUGAUAUUGAAUGAUUAAUGUUGCUUCGGUAUUGAAGUGAUCAUUUCGUAUUACUUAAAGCUGAAAUAGAGGAGAAAAAAGCUCAGAUGAGUCUGUCUGGCUCUUCAGUUUAAUAAUAUUUGUAUUUAACUCAUCCAUAAUGAUUCAGAUGUUUCUAAUCAUAAAUGUGAUUGUCAAGUGCGGCACUGAAAUGUAUCAAAAGAUAUAAAACAAUGUAAAAUUUCCAUAAUAUUAAAAAUAUUUAUC